AUGAAGACGAUACUAUCCUCGGACUCCAUGGAGAUCCCCGACGGGGUGACCAUAAAAGUGAAGGCGAAGGUGAUAGAGGUGGAGGGUCCGCGAGGAAAGCUGACCCGAAACUUCAAGCACCUCAACCUGGACUUCGAUCUCAUCACCGACGAGGCCACCGGGAAGAAGAAGCUAAAGAUCGAAGCCUGGUUCGGGACCCGCAAGACCAGCGCCGCCAUCAGAACGGCUAUCAGCCACGUCGAGAAUCUGAUCACCGGCGUCACCAAGGGCUACAGGUAUAAGAUGAGAUUCGUCUACGCUCACUUUCCGAUCAACGCUUCGAUCCCCAACUCCAACAACGCGAUCGAGAUCCGAAACUUCUUGGGCGAGAAGAAGGUGAGGAAGGUGGAGAUGCUUCAGGGCGUGAACAUCUACCGGUCUGAGAAGGUGAAGGACGAGCUGGUUUUGGAUGGAAAUGACAUCGAAUUGGUGUCGAGGUCUGCUGCUCUCAUAAACCAGAAGUGCCAUGUGAAGAACAAGGAUAUUAGGAAGUUUCUUGAUGGGAUUUAUGUGAGUGAGAAGAGGACGAUAGCUGAAGAGGAGUGA